ACAGAGAGACUACAGAGAGAGACUCAACCAGAAACAGCAGUAACAAGACAGAGGAUCAACCAGAGAGAAACAAGCUUCCAGAAACUAGAUACAGGAUCCAGAGAGACCAGACAGAGAACAAAGAGAGCUGAGUUAUGGAGACACAUCACUGUGAUACAUGUGGGAAGAGCCUUUCAUCAUCCAGCAACCUCAAGCAGCACAUGAGGAUCCACACUGGAGAGAAGCCCUACAGCUGUGACCUCUGUGGUAAAACCUUUAGACGUGCUGACAGUUUGACAAUUCACAGCAGAAUCCACACUGGAGAGAAGCCCUACAGCUGUGACCUCUGUGGUAAAACCUUUAGCCAUGCUGGCCAUUUUACAGUUCACAGCAGGAUCCACACUGGAGAGAAGCCCUACAGCUGUGACCUCUGUGGUAAAACCUUUAGCCAUGCUAGCAGUUUUACAGUUCACAGCAGGAUCCACACUGGACAGAAGCCCUACAGCUGUGACCUCUGCGAUAAAACGUUUAAACAGGCUGGGGAAUUGACAAUUCACCGCAGGAUCCACACUGGAGAGAAGCCCUACUACUGUGACCUCUGUGGUAAAAUGUUUAGCAGUGAUAAAAGUUUCACAGUUCACCGCAGAAUCCACACUGGAGAGAAGCCCUACAGCUGUGACCUCUGUGGUAAAACGUUUAGCCAGGCCAGCCAUUUCAGAGAUCACUGCAGGUUCCACACUGAAGAGAAGCCCUACAGUUGUGAUCUAUGUGGUAAAACCUUUUGCAGUGAUAACAGUCUGACAGUUCACAGCAGAAUCCACACUGGAGAGAAGCCCUACAGCUGUGACCUCUGUGAUAAAACCUUUAGCCAGACUGGGCAUUUGACAGUUCACCGCAGGAUCCACACUGGAGAAAAGCCCUACAGCUGUGACCUGUGUGGUAAAACCUUUAGGCAGGCUGGCAAUUUCAGAGAGCAUAGCAGGAUCCACACUGGAGAGAAGCCCUACAGCUGUGACCUCUGUGGUAAAACCUUUAGACAUGCUGGCAAUUUCAGAGAGCAUAGCAGGAUCCACACUGGAGAGAAGCCCUACAGCUGUGACCUCUGUGGUAAAAACUUUAGCAGUGAUAGGAAUUUGACAGUUCACAGCAGAAUCCACACUGGAGAGAAGCCCUACAGCUGUGACCUCUGUGGUAAAAACUUUAGCAGUGAUAGGAAUUUGACAGUUCACCGCAGGAUCCACACUGGAGAAAAGCCCUACAGCUGUGAUCUCUGUGGUAAAAACUUUAGGCGGACUGGGCAAUUGACAGUUCACUGCAGAAUCCACACUGGAGAGAAGCCCUACAGCUGUGACCUCUGUGAUAAAACCUUUAGGCAGACUGGGCAAUUGACAGUUCACCGCAGAAUCCACACUGGAGACAAGCCCUACAGCUGUGACCUCUGUGGUAAAACCCUUUCCUCAUCCAGUUACCUCAAGAAACACAUGAGGAUCCACACUGGAGAGAAGCCCUAUAGCUGUGACCUCUGUGGUCAUACCUUUAGCAUGGCUUCCAAAUUCAGAUCUCACUGCAGGAUCCACAAUGGAGAGAAGCCCUACAGCUGUGAUCUCUGUGGUCAAACCUUUAGCCAGGCUUCCAAUUUGACAACUCACAGCAGGAUCCACACUGGCGAGAAGCCCUACAGCUGUGACCUCUGUGGUAAAACUUUUCGCCAGGCUGGCCAUCUCAGACGUCACAGGAGGAUCCACACUGGAGAGAAGCCCUACUACUGUGACCUCUGUGGUAAAAUGUUUAGCAGUGAUAAAAGUUUCACAGUUCACCGCAGAAUCCACACUGGAGAGAAGCCCUACAGCUGUGACCUCUGUGGUAAAACGUUUAGCCAGGCCGGCCAUUUCAGAGAUCACUGCAGGAUCCACACUGGAGAGAAGCCCUACAGUUGUGACCUAUGUGGUAAAACCUUUCGCAGUGAUAGCACUCUGACAGUUCACAGCAGAAUCCACACUGGAGAGAAGCCCUACAGCUGUGACCUCUGUGAUAAAACCUUUAGCCAGACUGGGCAAUUGACAGUUCACCGCAGGAUCCACACUGGAGAAAAGCCCUACAGCUGUGACCUCUGUGGUAAAACCUUUAGCCAGGCUAGCAAUUUCACAGUUCACAGCAGGAUCCACACUGGAGAGAAGCCCUACAGCUGUGACCUCUGUGAUAAAACCUUUAGCCAGACUGGUCAAUUGACAGUUCACCGCAGGAUCCACACUGGAGAAAAGCCCUACAGCUGUUAUCUCUGUGGUAAAACCUUUAGCCAUGCCAACAGUUUCACAAUUCACUGCAGAAUCCACACUGGAGAGAAGCCCUACAGCUGUGACCUCUGUGACUAUUCAGGUAAAACGAAGGUCCAUCUGAAGAGUCAUCUGCGUGUCCACAGUAGAAAAACCCCAAAGCAGUGAUGUCUGGGGCCAAGCUGUCCCAGAAGUCACCACCUGAGAGAACUUCUGUAUGACCCACAGCUGGAAGAACUACUGGCCUACAACUAAAAAAUCUAAAAUCAUCUGUUGUAGACUGCUCCUCCUAACAUUUUGUUGUCUAACUUUUUUUUAAAUGUAAGACUGCUUAGCCUGUGUUACGAACCUUGUACAGGGAAAGGCCCUAACACUAGACAAACACACAAGACAGAACACACAUGUAAACAGGGCGAGGGACAUAACAGCCUGUGUUCUGCAGCUCUUUCACCAACUGUCUUUGGAGAAGGAGAGCACUGAGUAUGUUAUAUUACAUUGUAUAGCUCUGCCAGUAUUUUGUUAUAUUUUGUUGUACAUUUUCUACAUUUUUAUUUUGUUCAUUGUAUGUUUACUGUAUGCACCAGCUCUCCAAAGUAAAUUACUUGUUUAUGACCACUUACUUGGCGAUUAAACACAAUUCUCAUUCUGAACUGCUCCUCCCAAGGUUUCUUCAAUUUGUUCUCAAAUUUUCCUUGUCUUCCUUGAGGGUUUAGGUUGGUUAAGGGGCAGUUCUAUGGGCGUAUGUGAAGCCCUCUGUGACAUUGCUUGUAAGAGGGGCUAUACGA